CUUUUUCUUUUUAUUUAGUUUUAAAUCUGUAGUAAUAUUACUUUAAUAUACACUAAUCUUCAAAUCCAAUUGUACAAUGGCUCCAGCUGCUUAUUCAGAUAUUCAAAAAUCUGCCAACGAUUUAUUAAACAAGGAUUUUUUCCACUUGGCCACUGCUUCAGUUGAUGUCAAAACUGUUGCUCCAAACGGUGUUGCUUUUACUGUUAAAGGUAAAACUAACAAGGAUGACACUGUUGCUGCCUCUGUUGAAUCUAAAUAUGCUGAUAAGGCUACUGGUUUAACCUUAACUCAAGGUUGGAAUAAUGCUAAUGCUUUAACCACUAAAAUUGAAUUAUCUGAAUUAUUAACUCCAGGUUUAAAGGGUGAAUUAGAUACUUCUGUUGUUCCAAAUGGUGCUAGAAAUGCUAAAUUAAACUUCUUUUACCAACAAUCUGCUUUAAACGCCAGAUUAUUCUUUGAUUUAUUAAAGGGUCCUGUCGCUACUGCUGAUUUAGCUGUUGCUCAUGAUGGUUUUACUGCCGGUGCCGAAUUAGGUUACGACAUUGCUUCCGCUAAAGUUAACAAAUACUCUGUUGGUGUCGGUUACGCUAACACUCAAUACGCUUUAGCUGCCACUGCUACUUCCAACUUAUCAGUUUUCACUGCUGCUUACUACCACAAGGUUUCUCCAUUAGUUGAAGUUGGUGCUAAGACCACUUGGGAUUCUGUUAAAUCAUCAAACGUUAACGUUGAAUUUGCCACCAAAUACGCCUUAGACAAGACCGCUUUCGUCAAGGCCAAGAUUGCUGAUUCUGGUUUAACUGCUUUAGCUUACUCUCAAGAAUUAAGACCUGGUGUUAAAUUAGGUUUAGGUGCUUCUUUCGAUGCUUUGAAAUUAGCUGAACCAGUUCACAAAUUAGGUUUCUCCUUAUCUUUCACUGCUUAAGCAUUGAGUAUUAGUUAGUCUCUAAUCUGAUCUGUUUGAAUAAACUUAUACUGUGUUAUAAAUAUAUUUUAUUUUCAUAUAUAUAAAUAUAUAUAUAUUCAGGAU